AUGGUCUCUCGUAGUUUAUACACUUGUAUUGUAUGAGAGACUAAUUCUCCGCAUAUCAUUUUCCUAGUGGCUUACUUAUUUUAAUUUUCUUUAGACUCUAAAGAAUUCUUCUUUACUGAUGUUCUUACGUUAAUUAUAUAUAAGAAAAAAUAUUGCCAUGAAUUACAAACCAUCAAAUUACCAACACCUAAAAGUAAUGUAUCACAAACCACAUGAUGAACUAUAUGAUGGACAAUGUUAUGUAAUUUAUAUCAUAACUUGCAUAUGUCUGCCAACUAUAUUAGUUUGCGUCUUCUCUGUAUUGUUAUGUCACAUAUGUGAUGACUUAAUGAUUCAUAUAACUUAUGUGAUGACUUAUAGUUCAUAUAACUUGUACUUAUUUUCCAUUUAUAUUAUUGUCUUCUUUUCUUCUAGUUUUUUCCAUUCUUCCGUUAUUCCACUAACUACCUAACAGACACACACACACAGUGACACACACACAAGACCCAACUACACAUCAAGUUACUAUCAUGAAUUUCUUGUUUCCCUUAAGUCUUUUUUACAUGCAUUUCAGCAACUUGCACUCUUUACUCUAUAUAUAUACACGUUACGCAUUGUGAAAUCACAAUACUUUUGUUUCCCAUAAACAUACCAAAACAUUUUUUUAUUUGUAAAUAUGAUUGUGACAAUAGUCUCAUACACCCAAGAAUUCACCAUGGAAAUCAACGAACAAGAACCUGUGUUGGACAUUAAGAAACGUUUAGAACAAUUCCUUCAGAUCCCAACAUCAUCUUUAACACUCUUUGUCUCUUGUUGGGAGCUCCUCGACGGUCUCGACAUCGAUGAUUACCCAAUCAUCUCACACGGCACCAGAAUCGACCUCACCGUCACUCCCCUUUUCACCUCACCUUCUUUUACCAACCCCGCCGUUAAAAAAAUCCACGUCACCGUCAAGUUCCCAUCAAAACAGUUCUCCAUCGAAGUAGACAAAACCGAAACGGUAAGUAGCUUGAAGGACAAGAUUUACAUCGUGGAGAAUACACCGAUAAAGCGAAUGCAGUUAUACUUCUCCGGAAUCGAGCUAGCUGAUGAUUUUCGAAACCUAAACGAAUACGGAAUCGGAGAGUUCUCGGAGAUUGUCGUGUUUCUCAAGUCAAUCAAUCGAGCCAAAGACGUUGCCCCGGUGAAGAAACUAUGUUUCUUGGUGCAGACGUCAUCGAGUUUAUUCAACGGCGCAAGUAUCCCCGUAGAGAUUAAGGACUCGUGUACCAUCUCAGAGAUGAGAGAAGGAUUACAAGCUAACAAGACUUUGCCAAGAGACGAGUAUAUAUUCGUACACAAGCAACGGAUUAUGCGAGAGAAUUGUAGUCUUCGGUGGCAUGGUGUUGAAAAUGGCGACACUCUUUUUGUGUUUAAAGGAUCUGUUAGUCGUGGAAGUUACUGAGACUUCCAUAAUUAAGAUUCAUAUUCGAGUUUCUUUGAUAAAAAAAUCUCCCUCAAGAAUGACAUUAUGCAAUUUUCAUAUAUUGACACAAACGUUACAAUU